GGAACCCGUGGGGUGCAGUCAGUAACGGCAGAGGCAGGGAGAGGAAGAAGGCGAAGGGGGGGAUAGACAGAAGCUGGUGCAGCAAGGCCGAGGGCAGCUCGCCGAGACCCAAGGAGAGCUCAGGCCGGCAGCCGGAGCCCCGCGCCCCAAACCAGUACCGCGCAGCCAAGGCUCGGGGACCCUGAGCCCUGGCUUGGAGACGCUGAGCCGGGCGCUGCACCGGAGCCCCUCUGCCCAGCCCUCCUGGACCCCGCGCGUUCCCCUCGUGGAGCGCGGGAUUUCCCUGGGUGUGGGGCCAGUGCUCCCCCUCCUCCUCCGCGCAGCACGCGCCACCCGCAGCUCCGGACAGCGGAGCCGGCUCAGCCAGACACCCCAGGAGCGCGCAGCUGCCCGCCAUGGACCCCAAGGACCGCAAGAAGAUCCAGUUCUCUGUGCCCGCGCCCCCGAGCCAGCUCGACCCCCGACAGGUGGAGAUGAUCCGGCGCCGGAGACCAACCCCUGCCAUGCUGUUCCGAGUCUCAGAGCAUUCCUCGCCAGAAGAGGAGGCCUCUCCACACCAGAGAACCUCUGGAGAGGGGCACCACCCAAAGUCGAAGAGACCCAACCCCUGUGCCUACACGCCCCCAUCACUGAAAGCUGUGCAGCGCAUCGCGGAGUCUCACCUGCAGACCAUCAGCAACUUGAGUGAGACCCAGGGCUCGGAGGAGGAGGAUGAGUUAGGGGAGCUCCGGGAGCUGGGGUAUCCACAAGAGGAUGACGAGGAGGAGGACGAAGAUGAAGAGGAGGAGGAGGAAGAAGACAGCCAGGCGGAGGUCCUGAAGGGCGGCAGGGGGACUGUGGGGCAGAAGCUUACCUGUGGCCAGGGUCUGGAAGGGCCCUGGGAGCGUCCACCUCCUCUGGAUGAGCCCCAGAGAGACGGAAACUCUGGAGACCAAGCGGAAGGCAGAGCGACACUUAGUGAGCCUGGAGAGGAGCUUCAGCAUCCUACCCCUCCCUGAGCCUGGCACAGAAGCUCAGAGCCCUGUAUCUCCCAGAAGGAAGUGCUCCCCAGAAACCCACUCUGUCCCCACCCCCCUUUGUACCCUGUCUUUCACCUGCUAGGGCUGUGGCUUCUGACUUUUAGAAGACUAAGGCUGGUCUGUGUUUGCUUUGGCUGAAGCCCAGAGUCCCCAAUGCCUUUGCCUGCCAGUCUUUCUUCUAUUUACCCGGUGGGAAGGGGGGGGGGUAUUGAGAGAGCACACACUGGGAACUUCGGAAGGCCAGAAACAAAUAUUCACCCUUCACAAGCCUCCUCUCCAGAUUCUCUCCUCUGGACACAGGAGACCCACAGGGCAAGCCCUAGGGUCUGGGGAAAGGAGGUACUGAGACCCUACAGGUGCCCUGAGAUCACCUCCAUCCUCUCUUCCUGUGGGGGAGCUUUGAGUUCCCAACUCUGGACUUCACCCAGGGCCCAGGUCUUUUGCAAAGCCUCAACAUUCUGGAUGUCCUCCCUUAUUGUUCCAUUCCUGCUGGGUGCCUGCAAGAUGGACUGGCAGAGGCUGCUUGCUGCGUUUUGUUUGUGCUUUGGUGCCAGGAAUGCACUUACUCUAUGUCCCUCGAGGGGCCACACAGUGGGGGAACCUGGUUCCCCUUGUACCCCAGCAACUUGGUUCCAUCCCUUCUUCCCUGACUCCAGGCCUGAACCCCUCCAAACCCCUCC